AAAAGAAAAAGAAAGAGAAGUUGGAAAGACUGGAGAGAAAAAGUUGAAUACCUUCUCACUAUUGUCAUUCUUCUCAGAACGAACUGGAGAGAGAAGGAAAGAUAAUCGUCAUCCGAAUACCUUCUCCUCAGAACUCGUCUUUGUCGUCGUUGACUGGUGAAAGACAAGGACGGAGUUCGUAAAUGGAGUGUCUUAAUGGGUUUUUGAGUUUAUCAUCAACCCACCAGAUAAUAGGAUCUGUGGAUGAUGAUGAGAAGUCGUCAAGUUCGGCUACUGAAUUGCAGAGGGUGGUUGAUCAGAUGGAAGGAAAUGGCUCCAGGAGGUUGCAGAAUGAUUCAACUACUCUUCCAAAUGUUCAGCAUCAACAUCUAUUGGUACUGGUUGAGAUAGGGGAUGAAACCAUUAAGACUAGAUUUAAAAGUAAAAAAUGUAAUUGCGGUGUAAUUGCAAUACUUUGGAUGACAGAGUCCGAGACGCCAAACAAAGGAAGACCUUAUUAAGCAUGGUGCAAUCUCAUAACAGUCAAACAUAUUAAACAUGAAACCCAAAGAAGAGCAUGACAGUCAGAGAUUUAUGGCUACCAACACUCAUGAAGUAGAGAACAAUCCAUUGAGUUUGAAUAUUAAAGGAAUUAAAUGUAAUAUUAAUAUCCUAAAAUGGUUGAUUUAGCACACUCUUGUAUUUUGUGUUGCAAUGGCAAUAAAAUGAGUAUUGGAGAAUAUGACUAAUGCCAUUUCAUAUUUAUGUUUGUAUUGUAAUGGAAUGUCUUGUAUUUUGAAUUGUAAUUAUCAUUGAAGAAUAUGGAAUU